GUGCCAUCUAGUGUCUAAAAGCGCAAACAUAAAACCACGUUUCGCUUCACGAGAAACGUCGGCCAUUUUCACUUAUUUUCCAUGAGAGCAUUUUUAUUUUCAACCAACCAUUCGCAUCUAGCAGCCCGUGCGAAAAUCGUGCGAUUAAAUUUCUUCGAACAAACGCGCAUUUUGACGCUUGUCAGUGAUAUUUAAUAAUUUUUAGAUCGAAAAUAAUUCGGCGCAUUUUGGCGCAACAUUUCGAAAAUACUUGGGACUAUUCGGCGUAUCGAUCAGGCCUGCAAACUUAUCGCGGAAAAACAACUUUAUUCUUAUUGGAGAACCCGGUGAAUGUGUUUAGCGGAAGCAGGACUUCCAAUUUCAAAUACCGCGUUUAAUAACAUACAUAGAAAAUGACUGAACAACCUUUACCACCUCCAGUAAUGUGGGCCCAACGAUCUUCAGUAGUCUUUUUAACGAUAAAUUUAGAAGAUGUUAAAGACCCAGAAAUUAAAUUCAACAAAGACUCGGUAUAUUUCAAAGGAACCGGAGGCGUAGAGAACAAAAAUUACGAAGUCACCAUCCCUCUUUAUAAAGAAAUAGACCCAGUGUCUAGUAGAAGCUUCAAUCGAGGAAGGUGUAUCGAAUUAUUAAUAGCCAAAGCGAAUCAAGAUGAGCCCUACUGGCCGGCGUUAACGUCUGACAAAAAGAAGCACCAUUGGUUAAAAUGCGACUUCAAUAAAUGGCAUGAUGAGGAUGAUUCUGGAGAUGAAGGUGUCGGAGGUAUGGGCGGUGGAGAUUUCGAAGAGAUGAUGAGGCAAAUGGGUGGUUUAGGUGGAUCGGGCGGUAAACCAAACUUUGACGAUUUGGAAGGAGAUGAAGGAGGCGAUUCGGACGACGAACCCAUUCCCGAUCUUGAGUAGUCUCCCUAAGGUUUACAUUUUUUUUUUUGGAAUUUUGUAUGAUUAUUGUUAAGUUAUAUUAAUAAAAGUUAAGUUUUUAGAGGUGACACACUUCAAUUCCCUUCUUUUAUGUUCUUGACAAUAUAUUUCACAAUAGUUUGUUCGAUUUUACUUUGCUCUCGUCAAAAUAGUGUAGAUUUUUACAGUUUCUAAACGCUAGUAUUUAAAAACUAAUACUAUGUAAUUUUAAGAUAUUUUUAAUUGAAUGUAAUAAAAAUACAAACUUCUCAAAGGCUCUUUUUUUUUUCAAUAAAACUUAUUGUCGACUAAAUUAACCAUUUAUUUUCAAACUUGAUUUUCUGUAUAUGCGAAUCGUUUAGUAGUUAGUGCUGGUAACAAUUAACCGUUAAUUUCCUUAGAUUCUUGUUGCUCAAAUUUCGGAUAUUUGCUUUCUAUUUCGCCCCACGAUUGCUUACUGUAGGCCAAAUCGUGCACCACUUUUGCUAUAUCAUCAACCUGAAAAUUAAUCACAUUAACAACUAUUACAACAUAAAGACAUAUUCUUAUAUUUACAGGAAUUCUAACUUGUCCCAUUGAAUCCCUUUCCCUCAGCGUUACGCUGUUAGGUUCUUUGAACGUAUCGAAAUCGAUAGUAAUUCCAUACGGUAUGGCAAUUUCAUCCGUUCUAGCGUAUCUCUUGCCAAUGGAACCCGAACUAUCGUCCACUUUGUGCGACACAUCAACUUUAGUCAAUUCGGAAGCUGCAACAAAAACGACAAUUAACGCAAAUCUAAUAAAUGAACGUGUACUUACAAAUCUUCUUGAUGAACGGUACAAAUUCUUGAUUCGAGCUAAGAGGUAGUACACUGCACUUUAGCGGAGCUACAAUGGCAGGCAAGGAAAUGUAAGUGCGUUGCUCGUCGUUUUCUCGUUGCUUGAAGUUAUGUUCGAAGAUUGAGUACAUAACUCUUCCAACACCUAUAAAAAUUUUAAUAAUCAGUGACUAUAAUAUAAGUAUAAGUACAUUUUUGGACAAGUAGAAUCAGCAGGGUUUAAAAAUUACUAACUGAAUAAGCACUUACCAAAUGACGGUUCAAUUACACUGGGAAUAAUCUCUUCAACAUGCUCCGUUUUCUUAUACUUUUUAACUUCAACCAUAUCCUUACUGAGAUUAAAUGUUUUAUCCCCCACUGAUAAAUCGUAUGCACUGCAAAAACCACAUCAACGUUAUGAAAAAAAAAUAAACAAUUAGUAAGCAACACGCACCCCUGGCUUUCCAGUUUCUUCUCCAAUUCUUCCACUUCGUCGAUCUUCAGCUUAGCUAACGAUUCCGUGAUAGCUUUAGCGUCUUUUUUGAACGUCUUUCCUAGCAAACCUUUAUUCGGCUGAGCUUCGACGACGUCUAAUACUUUCGGUUCGGCGAGUUUUUUCUCAGCAGCCAGCCUUACGCCAGUGGCGUUAGUGUGCUGGGUGAGAUCGAAAGCCGAACGAUCAGCACAACCCACGCACUCGAUCCAUCC